AUGCCGGAUUCAAAAGAGAUUGCACAAAUAAGCGAAGCAGAUUAUACAGAUAGAACAACUUUUCCUGGAAUACGCUAUCUGUUCACUGUCAUGUGUUUUCUUGGAACGCUCUUCUUGAUUGCGGCGAGAGUUAAUAUGAGCGUGGCUAUGGUAGCUUUGGUAAAUAAAACAGCAAUCUUCAAUAUGACACAAGUAACAAAUGAUUGCCCAAAUCUCAAACUGAAUAACAUCACCGAUCCAGCAAAUACCAUAAGUAAGACUGGUCCUUACAAUUGGCCCCAAGACAUGCAAAAUCUCGUUCUUAAUUCGUUCUAUUACUUCUUUCUCAUUAUGCAGAUACCUGGUGGCAGGUUUUCAGAAAUGUUUGGUGGAAAGUGGGUUUUUGUCAUCGGACUCAUGAUCUCUCUGGUAUUUACAUUACUUGUACCAUUUGCAGUGUAUAACAGCUUUCAUUUGCUUCUACUGGUCAGAAUGCUGACUGGGGCAGCACAGGGUGUUUGUUUACCGGCCAUAUUUAAUCUCAUGGCACUAUGGUUUCCAAAUACAGAAAGGAAUCUUUUGCAGAACAUCGCGCUUUCUGGCAUCAAUGUGGGUAUUUUCAUAACCAUGAUGGUCACUGGAGCACUCUGCAACUCAAAAUCUUUCGGAUGGGCCUCUUCAUUUUAUUUUAUUGGAUUGUUAGGAUUGUUGUUUUGCUUGCUCUGGAUCUUCCUGGUAACAGAUACACCUAAAGAUCAUCCUUUUAUGUCUGCUGAAGAACUGGAAUAUAUAACGAGCAAUCAAACCAUUAGUGAUGAUGUCGAGUUACCCUACUUCCCUUGGAAAAGGGCUUUGACGUCACUUCCUUUGUGGGCAGUUGUGAUUGCGCAAGUUGGAGAAGACUGGUCCUACUAUACAAUUCUGAAUCAUCUACCACAGUUCUUUUUCGAUAUUUUGCACUUCGAACUUGAUGCGAACAGCUUUAUUGCAUCCUUCCCAUACUUAUUGAAAGCAUCAACAGCUGUGAUGAGCGGUUUUCUAUCGGAUUUAAUUCUGAGGAGGGAGCUUGUGUCCGUUCUAUUUGCAAGACGUUUUUUCAAUACCUUAGCUGGUGUGGGAUCUGCCAUUUGUCUAGGUCUUGCGAUGGUUGCUGGAUGUAACCUUGUAGCUCACAUCGUAUUUUUAACUCUUUUGAUGACUUUCUCUGGAUUCUGUUUUAGUGGUUACCUUCUGAAUGUAAUGGAUUUGACACCAGAAUUUGCCGGUACGGUAUUCGGUAUAAUGAAUACUGCGUCCACCAUAAGGGGUUUCACGCUAUCUGCUAUUACUAUAUCCAUUGUGGAGCGAGGGGUAAACUCUUUUCAUAAUAACUACGAAUAA